GAAGAGAGAAGUGAACUCUGAGAAAAGCCAACUUGCCCAGUUUAGGCAGCGAAAGGCACAAACUGAUGGUCAGAGUGGAUCAAAGAAGCAGAAGAAGAAGAAGAAAGCAGCAAACAUCAAAGAUGAAGAAUCAGUACAAGAUGGCAUUGAUACCAAUCGAUCUCGAGGUGAAGAGGCAUCCACGUGCAGCAGCAGCCAACGGGGAGCAGCUGCUCUGGCUGACUUUACUGUUGUCAGGACUUUGCGUAGCGGAGAGCUUAUCCAACACAGCCAGACAUACGCCCCUGAGCCAGAAAGUGAAAUUUCCACCACAGUAGAAGAUUACAGUUCUGAGGAACUUGGAUUGAUUUAGGAAGAAGAAUUUGGAGUUGGAGAGAUUUGUUCUGAUCAUGGACUGCAGCAGUCUCACACGCAGCUAGAGGUGCUGGAGAAUGAAUUGACUGGGAGACAGCAAGACAUUGAAGAGCUAAACAGAGAGCUAGAAGAAAUGAGGGCAGCAUAUGGUACAGAAGGAUUGCAACAGCUGCAAGAAUUUGAAGCUGCUAUUAAAAAAAGAGAUGACAUUAUUACUCGACUCACUACUAACCUACAGCAGGCACGGAAGGAAAAGGAUGAAACUAUGAGGGAGUUCUUAGAGCUUACUGAACAAAGUCAAAAACUGCAAAUUCAGUUUCAGCAUCUGCAGGCAAGUGAAGCCCUAAGGAACACCAGCCAUAGUUGCACAGCUGCUGACCUACUGCAAGCCAAGCAACAGAUACUUGCACAUCAGCAACAGCUUGAGGAACAGGAAUGUCUACUGAAGAAUUAUCAGAAGAAGAAUGAGGAAUUUGAAGAACAGAUUGCACAUCUUCAGGACAAAAUAGCAACGUAUGAAGUGCUUCAGGAAAAAUUAUCAGAUGUCAGUAAAUUACUUGAAGAAUUGAAAGAACAGAUUUCACUGAAGAACCAAGAGAUAAGUAGCAUGAAAGUCGAACUUAGCAGCUACAAACAGAAAGAAAGGCAAUGUUCUGAUGAAAUAAAACAAUUAAUGGGAACUGUAGAAGAAUUACAGAAACGAUGUUAUAAAGACAGCCAGUCUGAAGCUGACAUUGUGCAAAGAAUGGAAUUAGAAACACAAAGGCGGCUGGCCCAACUUCAGGCUGAAUUGGAUGAAAUGCACGGCCAGCAGAUUGUACAAAUGAAACACGAAUUAAUUAAGCAACAUGCGAUGGAAAUAGAACAGCGUCUUUCGCAACAAAAAGUAGAGUUGGAGAAAAUUUCAAGUCCAUGUUGGAAUGAGAAUGUUAAUAAAGAUCAGGUGGAUUUAAUGAAUAUUAAGAUUAAUGAAUUGAAUGUGAAAUUGCAAGAUGCUGAUAGUGAAAAGGAAAAAAUAAAGCAAGAGUUGUCACAACAGAUGGAAGUUAUUUCGGCAGAGAGGUCUCUGCAGCAAACUAAAAUUGAAGGUCUUUUGCAAGAACUGAAUUUUUCAAGAGAGCAGGUUCAAAGAGCCAAACAAACAAUAGUGGAUAUGGAGUGUAGGUUAAACGAAGCUGAAAAAUACCAGUUUGUGAUAGAAGAUUUAAGAAUUCAGCUAGCUUCUGCCUCUGAAUUUAGGAAGGAAUUGGAAUUAAAACAUGAGGCAGAAGUCACAAAUUACAAAAUCAAACUUGAAAUGCUGGAAAGGGAGAAGGAUGCAGUUUUGGACAGGAUGGCAGAAUCUCAGGAAGCAGAAUUAGAGAGACUGAGAACAAAGCUUCUGUUUAGUCAUGAAGAGGAACUUUCCAGACUUAAAGAAGACUUAGAAAAAGAGCACAUAGUGAACAUAGAAAACCUUAAAGAUGACUUAAAUAUGCACCAUAAACAGCAGUUAGAUGAGGUACAAAAUGAAAUGAGUCAAAAGAUAGAAGCCAUGCAAUGUGAGAAGGACAACUUGAUCACACAGCAAAAUCAGUUGAUACUAGAGAUUUCAAACCUUAAAGAUACACAGCAGUCUAUUUUAAAUUCUCAGUCUGAAGAAAUGACACUUCAAAUCCAUGAGCUUCAGAAGGAGAUUGAAGUGCUUAGGCGAGAGGAAAAAGAAAAAGGUACCCUUGAACAAGAAAUUCAAGAGCUGCAGCUUAAAACCAAGUUGAUGCAGGAACAGAUGAGGGAUAGAGAAGAUAGCCUUCAAAAAAAAUGUUCAGAACUUGAAACACAAAAUGACCUUCUUAAGGGGGAAAACAAAACUCUAGAAGAGAAAUUAAAAAGUAUGUUGGUAAACGCUGAAGAAAAUGUCAUUUUUAAUAACAAUGUUAGCUCUAAGUCAGAAAUUCUGCACUUGGAAAAAAGGAUAGAAAACCUGAUUACUGAAAAUGAGCAACUUAAAAACCAAAAUGGUCAACUCCAGGAGGAUGCUGAAAGACAGAAGAGGAGUGAAGAAAUCAAGAUGUCCAGGGCAGACAUUCCUGAGGCUGGAGAAGUUGUUGAGAAAGAUGCAACAGAACUUAUGGAAAAGCUUGAGGUUACUCAGCGUGAGAAAAUGGAAUUAUCCCUGAGACUUUCUGAUCUCUCUGAACUGUUGAAGUCCAAGCAUAGUGAAAUUUGUCAUUUAAAUGAAAAGAUUAAAUCCUUAGAAGAUGAGAAAGAGCAAGUUCUAGCAAAAUGUAAAGAACUGGAAGUCAUCAUUAGCUGUGCUCAGAGAGCAAACAAUAGUAGUAAUGAACCUAAGACAAAAUGCUCUAAAGGAAAAACUCUAAAAACUCCUGCUCCAGCAUGUGAAAGGAGAAGUAAAACCCUUGGUUCGAGGAAUAAAGUUGAUGAAGGAAUAAAUGUAAGAGGAAAUACAGGUUCAGGUAAAGAUACCAGUCAUGAUGUAACAAAAAGGAAUGACGUUCAGCAAGUAUUGAAACCAGAACAGCAGUCUCUUGUAGAACAUUUGCAUGGAGUGACAGACAGGCUGACAGAUGAAACAUCGUUAAUAGCCGUUACGGGGAGUGAAAAUAGUGAUCUUCAGCAACAAGUGGAUGCGUUAAAAUCAGAACAGACUGAUUUACAGCUACAGAUGGAAGCACAGCGCAUUUGCCUGUCCCUGGUUUAUUCAGCUCACAUAGACCAGGUUCGUGAGUACCUGAAAGCAGAGAAAGAGAGUGCACUUUGCAGUCUUAAAGAGGAGCUUGUACGUAGUCAUCUACAAGAGAUGAAUGAUAUUAAAAAAACGCAUCAGCUGGAGCUCCAGACCUUGAAAAUUCGACAAGCAGAUGAUGACGUCCAGUCGACACAAAGCCUUAUAGAAAAGCUGAAUGAAGCUGUAACUGAGGAAUGUUCUAGGCUUGCUCAGGUUUUGUGUGACAAUCAGAAUGAACUUUCUUCAGCUGCUGUAGAGGUUGGUGAUAGGGAACAGGAUAUUUUCCAUAGACCUGCUGCUGCAAAGGAAAAACUGAAUGUAGAAUUACCAGUACACAGAGGUCAAGUCCCUGGUUAUCUGUGUAAUUUAACUGUGCAAGAACGUAUGGAUGCACUUCUACACAAGAUAAUGGAAGAAUACAGCAGGCUGAAAGCACUUCAAACACAGCUGAUGAAGGAUUGUAAACAG